AAAGCAUUUGUAAAAAAUUAAAAUAAAUAAAUAAAUAAAAAGUUGCAUUACUGAAAUAAAUGCACUUUUCAAUGAUAUUCUAAUUUUCCGAGUUUCACCUAUAGAUAGUACAGUAAAUUGUGCUAAACCCAGAUAUGUUAAUAUUGCAUUUUCAAGUUUCUGAUAUAACGUCCAAACUAACAUUGUAUUAAAUAUAGUGAGCCUCAAUCCAUGAAGUACAGAGACAGCUGCUUAAAGCAUCCUGCUAUUUCUUGAAAUAUGUUGUUGGCAUUUGUCUGUCUCGAGAGGCAGUGGAAGAGGGCACCACCAGGGAUAAAGUCAAACCAUUAGAGCGUUACAGCACUUGCUGUGGCUGAAGAGUCCAACCCAGGAGAGACAUGUUUUAUUGCAGCUGGGGGUAGAUGAAGGUGUCCGGUUUUGCUGUUAUUGAUGCACCAUGGCAUUUAUUCUCUCUGUGCUCCUCCCUGCAGUCAUUUAUCAUCUGGUUACUGCUGUAGAUACACAGCCUGUCUGUCUCCAGGCACUAUGGUCAUCUGCACUGUGGUUGUUCCUGAUUUGUACAUUCAAAGGCCUAGAUGUCUUUGCAUGCAGAGUUUAUCACAUGGGCAUGAAAUGCCGUAGAUGACUCCUGCUCUUUCGUAAGCCAAAAAAAUCAGAAAUGGAAGUGUUGCGUUUUUCUGAUUGUUUUGUCAUGGCAAGCAUUUCUGCUUGACAAAUGGAACAAUCGCCACCCCUUGUCUCUGGUUUUGUCUAUAUCACCCAAAGGAGUGUUUUGCAAUAAACACAUUGAACUACAAUAAAGCGCAAUGCUAUCAGCAAGCUAUGGCUGACACUCCAGAAGCUGCAGUUUUUCUGGUAUCUGGAAAAACUUUAUCCUAUCUGGUUCUUAUUUCCUGGAGAUGCCCUUUUUGAAUUUUGUUAAUGUGACCCAGAGGGGAUCAUGGAAGUUACAGGCUGGCUGCUGGUUAGCUUGGGAAUGCUGGUGGAAAGCAUUAUUAAAGGUUGAAUGACGUCCUUUGUUAACCUAAUCAUACCAAUAUUUGGGCAUUACAUUUGGAAAAGAACUCUUCCCCCCCCCCCUUUUAAAGCAAGUCCACAAUAUAACUAUUUGCUGGUGUAGCAGCUCUGGAAAAUUAAGCUAUGGGACACUGCAGCUCAAGGGCAAAUCCAGGAGGGCAAUUGCGUUUACAGUAAUAUUGACAGAGCUUUAUUCACAUUCAAGGAAGAUGCCACGGUAGAGUUUAUUGAUCCAGUAAAAGCAUGCAAUGUGUUUCUGCUUCACCUGUUUUCUGUCAGCACCCAUCGCCUGGUGAUUCACCUGUGGCUUGUACAAUGCCCUUUGUAUCUAGCAAUCAGCUAAAACACUUUAUCCCUCAGCAGAAAACCAUGCCAAGAAAAUAAAGCCUGUGGGGAUCCUUUUGUUGCCUCCAAGCCCUUUUGCAAGUGUCUUGUCACAUGAGGGUUUAGAAAUGUCUUAAGAGUACCAUCACGUGCUUUGGAAAUAACAAAUAUAUUAGCUGCAGUUCCUGAAGUCUCUGCAGAAUAAAAGCUGGAAGCUCAUCAGGAGUCCCUACAGCCCACACUAUCUGCUCUCUUCUUUCCGGCAGCAACUCUGCAAGAACCUCAGUCUUCUCUCCAGAGGGGGCCACACGUUAGAAUCCUGAAAGAAAACUUAAUGCAUAGGUAUCUUCAGCUGCUGGCUGACUGCUCUGGAGGUGGUGGACUGAAAUAACAGCGCAGCUACUCCAAAAGUGGGCAGAGCAUUUACGGAAGGCACAGGAAUAAACUAGAGAAGAUGUCUGUGAUCAGCGCCCUGCCGUUUCUCAAGCCCAUCCACCUCAAACCGCUGCGGAGCUCCCCUGGGCGCCAACGCAGGCACACUCUGCCCGCCAGUGAGUUCCGGUGCCUCACCCCCGAGGAUGCCAUCAGCGUGUUCGAAAUAGAGAGAGAAGCAUUCAUUUCAGUGUCGGGAGACUGCCCCCUCCACCUGGAUGAGAUUCGCCAGUUUCUGAACUUGUGUCCGGAGCUGUCACUCGGCUGGUUUGAAGAAGGCCGACUUGUUGCUUUCAUUAUUGGCUCUCUCUGGGAUCAGGAGCGACUCAGCCAGGAUGCUCUGACCCUGCACAAGCCUCAUGGAGCCACAGUCCACAUCCAUGUUCUGGCAGUCCACCGCACCUUCCGCCAGCAAGGCAAGGGCUCCAUCUUGAUGUGGCGCUACCUGCAGUACCUGUGCUGCCUGCCGUACGUGCGCCGAGCCACACUGAUGUGUGAAGAUUUCCUCGUCCCCUUCUACUCCAAGUGUGGUUUCAAGGCAUUGGGCCCCUGUGAGAUCACAGUGGGCUCUCUGAACUUCAUCGAGAUGGACUAUGCCGUUCGUGGCCAUGCCUUCAUGCGGAGAAACAGUGGUUGCUGAGGAGGUGCUUCCCAUUCCCAUCCACUUCUGGCUGGUGUUCUUGGAGGCGGAGAAGCCCAGUUUCCCAGUGAUCCCCACCAAUGGGUCAGGGGAGUCGGAUGGGUGGGUCACAAAGUUGUCAAGUUCUCUUCGCUGGGAUAAGGAACUUCCACAUCAGUGGUGAAUUAGGCAAGUGAGCCUACACACGCAUAUUAAAGUUACUGAUGGGUCCCUUUUAAAGAAGUUUGAGAACCACUGCAAUACGCUGAUUGAUAUGUUCACAAUGAAUUAACCCAAGCAACUCCUAUUAUAGCCAUUGCUGCAAAGGCAACACAAAUCUUAAUACAUAGUAGCAUUUUAGUAGCCAGUAAUAGGUGUCAUGGCAUUGUACCUUCACAACUGCCUUUAAAACUGGUAGCUAAAAUGUAGCCCAGUUGUCUUCUCAUUUGUCUCUUAGCUGAAUUUGCGCCCUGCAGCAGUGAUCAUUGUAUACAUGGGGGAAUGAAAGGCAGUAACUGCUCUUUCCUCAAUUUAGCUAUGAAGAUGACAACAGCAUGACAUGGUGGUGAAGUUGUAGCGCUAAGCAUUAUUCCCAUCAACUAAGGGAGCAACUAAGUGACUGCUGUUGCCACUACACUAUAGGUCUGCAGGUUAGAAUUCGGCAGUUUUCAGAGUAACCAUUGACUGUCAAUGAAGGUCCCAGCUGCCUUUCUGCCUUAUGACAUUGGUUACCAUCAUCCAACAAAAUGGUGUCAGAAGACAAAUGCUGCAUCUAUAACUAUGAAGCAAGUCACAAUAUUGGCAUAUACAAAUGCUUUCAGAAAUCAAGCUUUCUAUUCUCAAAAGUGUGGUUUCUGUUGUAGCAGGCUGCUUGCUUUUUUUUGGCCCUGUUCCACCUCCUGGGAUUAAUAGAGCAAUUAGAAAAAAAAACAUUACCUGAGAAGUAGAAUCAUUCAGUUACAUCUGCCAUUUUGUGGAAUUACUGUUUGCCUUUGGAAAGGAGCAGCGGUUGCCGAUGAAAUUGUUGUCUCUCUGCUCGCAGGGGAGAAACUCAAUGUCUUCUUGCACUGGCUGCUCUGUUGUUGUGAAAUGCAUGGAAUCUGUGCUUGUAUAUUCUGUAAAAAUAUGUAUAUAAAUGCGAUCUAUGUGCUAAAACCAGAGCAGGCUUCUUUCUUAGCCGAGUUCCUGCCCAGAUAGGUAUUUGCCUGACAGAUAAAACCAAGUCCCUGUUGACAAGGGGCAACCCACAUUUGCUUUAGUGUGUUCUCUUUCCCUUGCUGGCUUUGACAAGAGCUACCCACAGCACAGAGAUCCAGAACUCACUCCCUCCUCCUGCUGCUGCCGCCCAGGUGCAACCAAGGUCUACAACUAGCAGGAGCAAUAAAUUUGUUAAAUUUGAGGCUGUGCAGUGAGUACUUAACUCAUUGCAGUUAAUGUACAUGCUUUGAAAUGCAGUGACUUACUGCUGAAGCAAAAGCACUCGGCGCAUGCCCCAAGAAUGAGUAUGUCUCUAUGCCCCUAGGUGGACUGUGUGUCGAUAUUAGCAGGUGCUCAUAUGUA